CCGGCUUGUGACCCUGACUAUUCUCUGCCUGCUCCUUCGGUACCUCGCUGCCCGCACGUUGCUGACCUGGCCUGCCUGACUACACCUUAUGCUACUCAGACGAUCCAUCCCGCACAGAUCCAGCCAUCCCUGCUCACACACCUUCUGCCUCUUCACAUCAGGCUUCCUACCUGCAUAUACCUCUGGCGGAUCCCUCUACCACGAGCCAGAUGACUCGGUGCCCGCUGUCGAACUUGGUGACCCGGUGCCCACGAUUCUGCUAGAUGAUUUGGUGCCCGCUGUCGUGCCAGAUGGCUCAGUGCCCGCUGUCGUGCCAGAUGACUCGCCUGACGUGCCUCCGCCCGCUGCCCAGCCUGACGUGCCUCCGCCCGCUGCGCAGCCUGAUGUGCCUCCGCCCGCUGCCCAGCCUGACGUGCCUCCGCCCGCUGCGCAGCCUGACGUGCCUCCGCCCGCUGCGCAG